CGCUCAAAUUACUCCUCCCACAGAGACUCCGCCGGGCGUCCAACGGCACUACACGUCUUUCUAGUUAUAUUGUAACUGUUUAAAUACCAAAGCUAAUUAUUUGUUAUUCAGUCUAUUCACAAAUCAUGUCGGUACCAGAAUAUUUUGUGCUCGAUAAUGAAGAUCGUAUGCCCAGAAUCGGUUUUGGAACCUGGCAAACAUCAGAUGAUGUGCUGGAAAAAGCAGUUGAUGCAGCGCUGAAAGCAGGUUACAAACAUAUCGAUACGGCAAGGGCUUAUGAAAAUGAAGCGACUCUAGGCAAAGCACUAAAGCGCUGGAUUGGAGAUGACGAGGAUAAAAGAAAAGAACUUUUCAUAGUCAGCAAGCUGCCCCCCGGAGGAAAUCGACCGGAACUUGUUGAAGAGUACUUUCAGGCCUCAUAUAAUGAUUUGGGACUAAAAUACAUUGACAUGUAUCUUAUGCAUGUCCCGUUUUCUUUUGAACACGUUCCCGGAGAUCUGCACCCUAAAAACCCAGAUGGAUCUAUGAAGGUUGACCUCACGACAGAUAUUGUCAGUACUUGGAAGGCGAUGCAAAAGUUAAAAGAUUCCGGUAAGGUCCGCCAUCUGGGCGUGUCUAAUAUGAAUGAAGAACAAUUAAAACGCUUAUGUGAAAUAGCAAAACCGGAAUGUCUUCAAGUGGAGGUGCAUAUUUUAUGCCAACAAAAACCACUCAUAGCUGCGGCCAGUAGCUUGGGAAUACCUAUUGUAGCUUACUCACCAUUAGGCUCGAAAGCUCUUGCUGAUAUGCUGUCUACCAAAACUGGGCGGGAGUACCCGAGUCAACUCGACUUGCCGGCAGUUAAAGAAAUAGCCGAGAAACAUGGUCGCACUCCAGCCCAGAUUUUAUUGAGAUACCUAUUACAGCAUGGUGUGGCAGCCAUUCCUAAAAGCACAGACCCUACAAGGAUACAACAGAAUAUCAAUGUAUGGGACUUUGAGCUUAAUGAGGCAGAGUUUAAUGAGUUAAGAAGCUUGGAUCAGGGAGAAAACGGGCGCAUCUGUGACUUCUCUUUCUUUCGCGGUGUAGAGAAACAUCCGGAAUUCCCUUUUAAAAAAUAACUUCAGUAUGCAAUAAGUAUGCACAUGGAAUGUUAUAUUUAAUUUUACAAUUUUUCCCUAUUAAAUAUCAUCCAAACACACACA